AGGGUUCUGAACGACCUUUGUGGAUGGCUGGGAGUUUGCCCUUAGGGUGGGUUACCUUUUAUAAGAAAACAGUGGCUUUGGAUAGAAGAUGGCAUAUCACUGGAUUGGGUUAUGAGUCUGAAUUGAUUAGUAUGGAGGUGGAGAGAGCAGCAGUGUUACACUUCGAUGGAAUUAUGAAGCCUUGGUUAGAUAUAGCAAUUGGGAAGUACAAGCAAUAUUGGAACAAAUUUGUCAAGUUUGAUCACCCUUAUUUGCAACAAUGCAACAUCCACGAAUAAUUGAACAUUUGCAAGACUGUCAAUCAAUCAAUGGAGGGAGAGUACAAUACCAUGACAAUUCUUAGCAGAAAAUUUUUUACACCUUUUUUUUUUUUCCUUUCUUGCAUUAGGAAUUGCACUUGUUCACUUAAUUCUUUUUCCCAUAAUGAUUCUUCAUGUAAAGUUCAACUAAUAUUUUUUCCCACACAGAUAUUUUUCUGGGGAUAUUACUUUAGGGAAGUUUCAAAUUAUAGAAAUAAUUCGAAACCAAAAACAAAAAAGAAAGUGGUGUAUUUUAGGGGAUUCUGUAACACUUCACUAGGUUACUUUCCUGUACAUAUUUUUCCAUUCAAGGCGCUUAACAUGUAUUCCGGAUUAUUAUUUUCUUGGAAUAGCCUAAUCCAUAUAUUUUGGGAUAAAAAUGGAAUAAAGAGAAUUUUACCUGGGCAUAUGAGAGCAACGGAAAUGGAAUUAUUAGAAAAUGGAUUGUGUGGCACGUGGAAAAUUUUGAUUGGGUGUAAGCAGAUAGGGAUAGGGCUAAGCUUUGUUUGUGUGGUGCAGUCUGGACAGAUUUCCAACCAAUCAGAAUGCUCCGUUCCUUCUCUUCAAUCCACUGCAAAAAAACAAAGGCUUUUUAUAACACCAUAAUAACAAAAUCUUCCACUGCAAAACCAGUUUUUUUUUCCCUUCCCGGAAUAUUUUUCUCGGAAAAUCAAGCUUCAUCAAGCGAUAAUGGCAAGCUUCACCGCUAGUGCUCCAACCUCUUCAGUCCUCCGGGCAUCCCUUCUCCACAAACCAUCCUUGGGGAUCCAAUCCUCACCUGUUCUUGCACUUCCCACAAUGGCGAAGGGAGGAAAAGUGAGGUGUUCAAUGGAGAAAUCUGAAAGCAAGCAAAAGAUGGGUAUGGGAGCUUCUUUAAUGGCUGCAGCUAUGGCAGCAACGGUGUCUAGUCCAGCUAUGGCUUUGGUGGAUGAGAGAUUGAGCACAGAAGGUACUGGGCUUCCGUUUGGGCUGAGCAACAACCUUCUUGGUUGGAUCCUUCUUGGUGUGUUUGGUCUCAUCUGGGCUAACUACUUUAUCUACACUUCCACUCUUGAUGAAGAUGAGGAAUCUGGAUUGUCUCUCUGAAUCUCUGCCUCCAUGAAACCAAACCCCAUAUCGUAAUUAUCUUCUGCUUAAAAAGAUUUAUGUAAAAAAAUUAUCGAAAUGAAGUUGGAAUUUCUCAUUUUGUAGUAAAA